UGGAAAAUUAAGCCUUAUAGAAAUGUCGCUUCUCAAAGUGCGCUGCUCCUGACAACUGUGUAACAGUGAGAUUGAAUUUAGAACUGCAAGUUUUUGAGUGGCUGCGAAUGUAAAUUACUUCAUUUCGCCGGAGGGCUCUGGCUUCACAAUCAACAGCAUGGGUGCCAUCUCCACAGCCACGGUGUUUGAUUUUGAGAGUGAAGCAAGAAGUUUUUCCUUGAUUAUUAAAGUGGUUGAUCCUGGAGGACUGUUCACUGCUGGAAAUCUCAAGGUUUUCCUUGUCAAUGUCAACAACCAAGAUCCCAUCAUGACAUGCAGCUUAUUCAGUAUUGAAAACGCUGUCGCGAGUGUUACUUCUGUGAACUCAACCCUGCGCCAUAAAGCCAGCUUUACACUGGAUGAAGAAAUCCCAAUUGGGAAAACAGUUGGACUAUGUGAAGCAACUGAUGAAGACAACUUGGGAGAGUUGGCUUUUGAACUGGAGCCGUGGAACGUUUAUUUUAUAGUUGACAAAGAGCAUGGGACUGUGGUUACCGCUACUCGUCUGGAUGUGGAGCAAGCUGGGUUUCCACGUGUACAGCCCUUCUCCAUUAAGGCUUGUGACCGUGACCAGAGGUGUGCAGCAAUUCCAGUGACUGCCUACAUCCAUGGCAUUAAUGACAACUCCCCUUUCUGUGAUCAGUAUCUGAUUAGGUACACAAGCAAGGAGGUGAUUGCAAAAGGCACAGUGGUUGCAAAACUCAGGUGUCAGGAUCUUGAUGAGCCUCCUGAUACAAUCCGUUAUGCUCCCAUCUCAGGCCCUGUUGGCCCUGCACAAGUCUUUGAGCAAGUGCCCAAUGCUGAACAUUGCAUUCAGGUUUCCAAAGAUUUGGAUUAUGAGGACUUGGAGAUGAUUGCAGCUGGACAUAUCUAUGAAAUGAUGAUUUCAGUAUUUGAUGGUUUUCAUCCCUCUCAUACAGUCACUGUGACAGUCAUCGUGGUGAUUGCUCCAGCCAAUGAUUUCAGCCCUGUAUUUAAAGCUGCACACUAUUCCUUCUCAGUUCCAGAGACAUCAGGAGCUUUCCACAAAGUUGGAAGAGUGAUUGCCACUGAUGAAGACCACCCAUCAAACUGUCUGACCUACAAAAUAACCAGUGGAGACAGCCAGGCUGUACAGAGAUUCUGGAUUCAACCUCUGUCUGGAGUGAUUGAACUCACCAUGCAGCUGGACUAUGAGUCUGUGAAGCAAUAUAAUCUCACCGUGGAAGCUGUGGACUGUGACAGAUCUCAUCCUCGCACAGGAACAACCGUGGUCACUGUUGACAUUGAAGAUGAGAAUGAUGAAGCACCUGCCUGCACACCCUAUCUGUUCAAGGCAGUUAUUUUUGACAAUGUUAUUGCUGGCACUAACAUCAAUGGCUUCAAACUACAUUGCCACGACAGAGAUUCACAAGAUUUCGAAAUGCGCUUUGAGAUAGUUUCUGGAAAUGAGAACCAUCAUUUUGGAUUUGACCCAACUCGAGGUUCCAAUAUGCCAAAAUUAAUUGUGAAGAAUCCUUUUGACUUUGAAUCUGGAGCUGACCGGCAGCGGCAGUAUCAUCUUGUGGUGCAUAUAAUCGAUGACAACCUGAAAUAUGGCAGAUCAUCCCAGCCCAGGACCGGCACCGCUGUUAUGGACAUUUAUGUCAGAAGAGCCAAUACACCACCUCCUCCAACAAGUUUUGAACAUGGGAAAGGUCUGACCAUCGUGUAUACGUCCAUCAACACAUACAAAUCCAGUGACUGGUACAUCCCUUUCAUCUUCACUCUCAUGGCUAUUUUUUUUGCUGGACUGGUUUCCUGGGGAUGUUUCCUGCUUUGGAGAUAUGGUAAUGUAUUGGAAUGCUGUCAGAACAUGGCCAAGGGAGUCUCCACACCUAAACCCAAAGGAAUGAAGUACGUUGCAGGAGAUACAAGUCAAAAGAAAAAGACUGUUACAGAAAGCAGAAAUAAAAAGUUAGAAGACUUAAUGGAAACCAUUGUGUAUGAGACUGUGUUUGAUGGAGAAGCCAUUGAUCCAGUGUCUGGGAACAUGUAUGAAUUUAACAGCAGAACAGGUGCAAGAAAGUGGAAGAGACCACCCAGGCACGGGGAGGAGUCUGUGGCAAAGAUAUACCCACUUCCAGAUGCCUACACUUUUAAGGAGUCGACAUCCUUAGAAAUUCCCGUGCAAGGAUAGCAUUUCUCAUUGUCCCUGAAUGAUGGCAGUUUGUGUAUGUGACUUAUAGGCGGUUUUUACUUGGUUACCUAAGAUUAAAUUGCAGAGGUGAGGCCAACUGGGUUGUCACUGUUCAGAGCUGUGUUCUGUCAUCUUCCUGUUUAGGGGUCUGGGUGGGGAUAACAGUAGUCAACUUAAAGUCUCUGCAUGUAUUUUGCUGAAAACUAGAGAACAAAUUGACAUGUGCUCAUUGUCUUACUUUACCCAGUAGAGUGUCCGGGUGUUUAGAUCACAGAUUUUGGUUUUCUUACUGCUCCAGCCCCAACACAGGGUGAU